CUCGAACAUGCGAAACGGAUCAUUUCCCUUUGAAAUUCAGACAUCUCUCUCUCUCUCUCUCUCUCUCUCUCUCUCUCCCUGUAAUCCUGCAGCUAUAUUUUUACUACGCUCUCUCUCUCUUCAACUUCGCAACUUUCUUCUCUCUCUCUCUCUCUAAAAGUCUUACUAUAAGCUCGGAGCAACUCUCUCUUGUAUAAGCUCAAAGCAAAACAUUUUAGAACAUUCCAGAACCUCUGGCUCAGAUCUUGAUGUCCAGCUUCGAAGCCUGAAGCGAUCCGUAGAAAAUGAAGCUUCUGUUUUCUUGAUUCAUGUAGAAAUCAGUGCUCAAAGAGUUGAAACCAAUGUGCUUAUGAAGCAUCUUGGAGUAAAUCAGCCUUAUUCAAUUUCCCUAUGGGCUCUUCUGUUUAUGUUGAGUAAUAGAUACUAUUGAAACAAUGUGGUUCAAUCUUUUUACUGAUGUAAUAUAGUCCAAGAAACCAAUGGAGGAAAGCAGCAACAGAGGGGAUUUUAGACAGUCAUCAUUUAAAUCAAGUGGCAGUUCUAAGUCCACAUUGUCAGGAAAGUCGACUCCUCGUGCUUCUUCAUUUCGCAGAUUGAACACGAGCCGAACUCCGCGAAGAGAAGGUAGAAGUGGUGGAGGUGGUAUACAAUGGUUUCGAAGUAAUCGGUUGGUGUAUUGGUUGCUAUUGAUUACUCUUUGGGCGUAUCUUGGGUUUUAUGUUCAGUCCAGGUGGGCUCAUGGUGAUAACAAGAAGGAAUUUAUGGGUUUUGGAAGUAAGCCAAGUAAUGGGAACUCAGAUACUGAGCAGAAUCUGCGACGGGAUUUGAUUGCCGUAGACGAUAUCUUGGCAUCCAAUAAUGAGACUACUGAGAGUCAGGCUGGAGAUAGUACAGAUGUAGUUUUGGAUUCAUCAAAAAAGAGUAUAGAUGCAGUUUUGGCCAAAAAAGGGAAUGGCAUUUCAUCUAAUAGAAGUGUAAAGUCAAGAAAGAGAAGUAAAAGAGCACGUAGGUUGCGUGGUAAAGUACAUGGUAGGCAGAAGACUUCGGUGGAGGUUGAAAGCCAUGACUUAGAGGAUCAGGAACCAGAAAUUCCUAAGAAAAAUGCUUCUUAUGGGUUGCUUGUUGGUCCAUUUGGCUUGACAGAGGAUAGAAUUUUGGAAUGGAGUCCCGAGAAGCGUUCUGGUACCUGUGACAGGAAGGGAGACUUUGCACGCCUUGUUUGGUCUAGGAGAUUUGUGUUGGUAUUCCAUGAAUUAUCAAUGACUGGGGCUCCAAUUUCAAUGAUGGAAUUGGCGACAGAGCUUUUGAGUUGUGGAGCUACAGUUUCUGCUGUAGUUCUUAGCAAAAAGGGUGGGCUGAUGUCAGAGCUAGCUAAGAGAAGAAUCAAGGUGCUUGAUGACAGAGCAGACCUCAGCUUCAAAACAGCCAUGAAGGCAGAUCUUGUCAUUGCUGGAUCAGCAGUUUGCGCAUCAUGGAUUGAACAAUAUAUUGCUCGUUUUCCAGCUGCUGCCAGUCAAGUUGGUUGGUGGAUAAUGGAAAACCGGCGAGAGUACUUUGAUCGGGCAAAAGUUGUCCUUAACCGAGUGAAAAUGCUGAUAUUUCUCUCUGAAUCACAGUCUAGACAGUGGCUAAACUGGUGUGCAGAAGAAAAUAUUAAGCUAAGGUCUCAGCCUGCACUUGUUCCGCUCUCUGUUAAUGAUGAACUAGCUUUUGUAGCUGGCAUUGCUUGUUCACUUAAUACUCCGUCUUUCAGCCCUGAGAAGAUGCGAGAAAAAAGGCAGUUGUUAAGAGAUUCAAUCAGAAAGGAGAUGGGGUUGAUGGAUAAUGAUAUGCUUGUAUUGUCUCUGAGUAGUAUAAACCCUGGAAAAGGCCAGCUCUUGCUUCUUGAAUCAGCAGGCUUGGUGAUUGAGCAAAAAUCUUUGGACAAUAAUUCUAAGAUAAAAAUUCCAGUGAAUGUAGCCCAAGACCAAUCUAACUUGGCUAGAAGACAUCAUUUAAGAGCGCUGUUUCAAAAUUUGAAUAAUGUUGGCAUGUCAUCAAAUGAAUUGCCUGCUUCAAAUGAGUCCUUUAUGGGGUUGAAAUUAUCCAAGAGGAAAGCCUUGCAGUUACAUAGUCCUUCAAAUAACACAGAUGCUGUGAGCUUUUAUGUUUCUCAAGGAAUAAGGAAAAUGUUGUCUGAUAUUGGAGGAACACAGGAACAGACACUUAAAAUUCUUAUUGGUUCUGUUGGUUCUAAGAGCAAUAAGGUGCCUUAUGUAAAAGGACUUCUAAGAUUUUUAUCCCAGCAGUCAAACUUGUCAAAGUUAGUGCUCUGGACUCCAGCAACUACACGUGUAGCCUCACUUUACUCUGCGGCAGAUGUUUACGUCAUAAAUUCCCAGGGAUUAGGAGAAACAUUCGGGAGAGUGACAAUCGAAGCAAUGGCAUUUGGUCUUCCGGUGCUUGGAACAGACGCUGGGGGCACAAAAGAGAUUGUUGACCACAAUGUGACAGGUCUUCUUCAUCCUGUAGGGCGCCCAGGAAGUGAAGCCCUUGCUCAAAAUCUCGGUUUUUUGCUCAAGAACCCAUUGGCGAGGGAGCAAAUGGGGAAGGAAGGAAGAAAGAAGGUAGAGAAAAUGUACUUGAAGCGGCACAUGUACAAGAAAUUUGUAGAGGUACUCGUCAAUUGCUUGAAAACCAAAUAACAUCUGCCAACAUUCUCAUUCUUUUAUUGUUGGGAAUAUUGUAGAGUGCUGUGGGUAUCGACAUUGUAUACCCCGGCUGAAUUGUUAUGAAAAGGCUUCUGCAGUUUAAUUCCUUAAA